AUGGAGGUACUAAAGAUGGGCCGUCGAGCCCGCCAGGACUUCUUCCCAGAUGAAAAUCUCCGCAGGAAGAAUUCCCCGUCUGCUUCUCUUGGAGAGGAUGAAGACCCUGAGGAAGAGGUUGACCAUGGUCCACCACCUAAACCCCCGCGCCGGCAAGGAGGCUGGGCAGAUGAUCCUGUACUGGCACCUACCAAGUCAGGAAGAAAGCAUGCGGAGGAAGUAGAAGACCAUCGUCUCAGACAGCAGAGCCUGGAGGCAUCAGAUGAUGGAGACAUUCCUGUGAUCCCUGACUUGGAGGAAGUCCAGGAAGAAGAUCUGGCCAUGCAAGUGGCAGCUCCCCCCAGUGUGCAGGUGAACAGAGUCCUGACCUACCAUGACCUGGACAAAGAUCUUAUGAAGUACGCUGCCUUUCAGACUCUGGAUGGAGAGGUUGACCUGAAGCUUCUCACCAAAGUUUUGGCUCCGGAGCAUGAACUACGAGAGGAUGAUGUCAGCUGGGAUUGGGACCAUCUCUUCACAGAGGUGUCCUCAGAACUAGUGACUGAGUGGGACCUGGGACAGUCUGAGAGGGAGGACCACCUCAGUCUGCCCUAG